AUGUAUGGGUUCUUUUAUGAUGCAGUGUCUUAUCAUGAUGUGCACAUCACCUUCACUCAGGAAGAGUGGGCUUUGUUGAAUCCUUUCCAGAAAAGUCUCUACAUGGAUGUGAUGCUGGAGACAUACAGGUACCUCUCUGCCAUAGGCUACAAGUGGAAAGACCAUAAUAUUGAAGAACACUGUAACAUUUCUACAAGAAAUAGAAGGCAUCUUCAAAGACAUGGAAUCAUUCACACUGGAGGGAAACCAUAUGAAGUUCUUCAAAAACGUGGAGCCUUUGCAUGUCACAGUUAUCUCAAACUCCAUAAAAUAACAGGUGCUCGUGAGGAUGCAGUAACCUAUGAUGAUGUGUACAUCAGCUUCACUCAGGAAGAGUGGGCUUUGCUGAAUCCUUCCCAGAAAAGUCUUUACAAACAUGUGAUGCUGGAGACCUACAGGAACCUCUCUGCCAUAGGCUACAAGUGGGAAGACCAUAACAUUGAAGACCAUUGUGAGAGUUCUACAAGAAAUACAAGAUGUCUUCAAAGACAUGAAAUCAUUCACACUGGAGGGAAACCAUAUGAAGUUCUUCAAAAAGGUGGAGUCUUUGCAUGUCACAGUUGUGUCAAACUCCAUAAAAUAACAGGUGCUCAAGAGACAGUCUAUGAAUGUAAUCAACAUGGUAAAGCUUUUUCACAACACAGCAGUCUCAUAAGUCAUGAAACAACAUAUAUUAGAGACAAACAGUAUGAAUGCAAUCAGUGUGGUAAAGCUUUCUCUCUUGUCAGUGGUCUUCAAUAUCAUAAAAGAACACACAGUGGAGAGAAACUCCACAGCUGCAAACAAUGUGGUAAAAGUUUUUCACGGCUUAAUCACCUUGAAGUACACCAAAGAACACACACAGGAGAGAAACCCUAUGAAUGCAAUCAGUGUGGUAAAAAGUUUGUAAGUCAUAGUCAUCUUAAAAGUCACAAAAGAACACACACUGGAGAGAAACCCUAUGCAUGUAAUCACUGUGGUAAAGCUUAUAUAAGUCAUAAUGAUCUUAAAAUACAUAAAAGAACACACACUGGAGAGAAACCUUAUGCAUGUAAUCACUGUGGUAAAGCGUUUGUAAGUCAUAGUGAUCUUAAAAGACACAAAAGAACACACACUGGAGAAAAACCCUAUGCAUGUAAUCACUGUGGUAAAGCUUUUAUAAGUCAUAGUGGUCUUAAAAGACAUAAAAGAACACACACUGGAGAGAAACCCUAUGAAUGCAAUCACUGUGGUAAAGCUUUUAUAAGUCAUAGUGAUCUUAAAACACAUAAAAGAACACACACUGGAGAGAAACCCUAUGCAUGUAAUCACUGUGGUAAAGCUUUUGCAAGUCAUGGUCAACUUCAUGUACAUAAAAGAACACACACUGGAGAGAGACCAUACAACUGCAAUCAAUGUGAUAAAACUUUUUCACGCAACAGUCAUCUUCGCAUGCAUGAAAGAACACACACUGGAGAGAAACCCUAUGCAUGUAAUCACUGUGGUAAAGCUUUUAUAAGUCAUAGUGAUCUUAAAACACAUAAAAGAACACACACUGGAGAGAAACCCUAUGUAUGUAAUCAUUGUGGUAAAGCAUUUGCAAGUCAUGGUCAACUUCAAGUACAUAAAAGAACACACACUGGAGAGAGACCCUACAACUGCAAUCAAUGUGAUAAAACUUUUUCACACAACAGUCAUCUUCGCAUACAUGAAAGAACACACACUGGAGAGAAACCGUAUGAAUGUAAUCAGUGUGGUAAAGCCUAUUCACAUGCCAAUAGUCUUAAAUAUCAUAAAAGAACACAUACUGGAGAGAAACCUUAUGAAUGCAGUCAAUGUGGUAAAGUCUUUUCACAUGCCAGUGGUCUUAAAUACCAUAAAAGAACACACACUGGAGAGAAACUGUAGGAAUGUAAUCAAUGUGGUAAAGCCUACUCACAUGUAAGGAGUCUUCAAUAUCAUAAAAGAUCACAUACCUGAGACUGACCACAUGAAUGAAACCAAUGAGGUAAAGGGUAAAGCCUUUGUAAGAAAACACACUGAAGAGAAACCCCUUAAUUGUAAGCAGUGUGGUAAAGCUGUGGACUCUGCAUAACUUAAUAAUCUAUGUGGUUAUGAAAAAUUUAAUACUGAAGGAAAUCUUGGUAUAAAGGAUUUGGUAAGAUCUUCAAUGAACACAUUUAGUUACACAUCAUUCUUCAGGGAAAAUAUUCUGACAAGGGUCAACAAUCUGUUUAAGCAUUGUGAUGU